AUUCAGCGAGAUGGACUAGAAGGCACCCCAAGUUAUUCUCUCUACUCACGCCAGAAAGAUAUCAGAAGUUUGAACACACCAGGUCCAGGUGCCCACUGCGUGGAUAACGCUGUCACCGCAACACGCCCUCACUACCCGGCUUAUAGUUUUGGUAACCGACAUCAGCGUGGCCGUGCUGAUAAAAUUCCAG